GAGAAACAAGGGAUCGAUCAAGUCUAGGGCUCGGUUUGGCUAAGGCUUUCGGUAGAGAGGAGAACAGGCGAUGGCUUGGAGACUUCGGUCGUGGCUCUGGAGGUCGAAACUUGACGGGAUCCAGGCACUGGCCUGAGAUCGGCAGUGGGAGAGGAAGGAGGUCGCGGGAUGAGAGGCUUCGGCAGAGAACUUUCGCGUGUGUGGAGUGCUGUCCCGAAGGCUUCCUUCGUUCGGUAUUUAACUAUGAGAACGGUCGUGGAUCCACCGGUCUCUCUGUCUUUGGUUUCUUUUACAGAGGAGCCUUACCCUUCGUUUAAAAACAUUCUUCUUCUCGACUCCGAGGGGAAGCGUGUUGCUGUUAAGUACUAUGCUGAUGAUUGGCCCACUCAAGCUGCAAAGCUAGCAUUUGAGAAAUCUGUUUUCACCAAGACUCAAAAGACAAAUGCUCGAACUGAAGCUGAGAUAGCUAUGUUUGAUGGCUACAUUGUUGUGUACAAGUUUAUUCAGGACCUCCAUUUUUUUGUUACUGGUGGGGAUAAUGAGAAUGAGCUUAUAUUAUCAACUGUACUUCAGGGAUUCUUUGACGCAGUCGGUCUUAUUCUCAGGAACAAUGUAGACAAGAGGACAGCACUUGAAAACCUGGAUCUGAUUCUUUUGUGCCUCGAUGAAAUUAUUGAUGGAGGGAUCAUAUUGGAAACCGAAGCUAGUGUCAUUGCUGGGAAGACUACCUCAGAUAGCCUUGAUGGGAUGUCUUCAUUGUCCGAGCAGACUAUAUCUCAAGCCCUUGCAACAGCACGAGAACACUUGGCAAGAUCCCUUCUCAAAUGAUGAGAUGAGACUGUCUCUUCCAUUUGAGUUGAUCCAUGGAUUGAGCAGCCUCUGAAGAUUUCAUUCGUCAUAUUUGUUUCUUUU